GUCUGUCUGUCUCUCUUUCUCUCUCCGUCUCUCUCUCUCUCUCUCUCUGUAUAGUCCCUUCCAUUUCCACGGAAUCUCCAUUCCCCCUUCCCUUCCUUCCCAGGAAGCUCUCUCUCUCUCUCCCUCAACCCUUUCGUCCUCGACACAGAUCCAAACCUCAUACCUCUCUUAUCUCCCUGACUGCCCAAUUUCCCCUCCCCCCUCCCUUUUGCCCCCUACAAUCUGUGGCAUCAGAUCACCUUUCCGGAAAAUCCUGACGCCCUUUUCCUCCUCCAUAUUUUUCUCCCCCCUGCAAAAUCUGGGUUUUUCCUCUUCAUUCCGUGUCGGAGAUCGCACCUGUUCAAUCCGCUAAAUGGGGUUCCGCAAUUCGUUGAAAAGUUUCAUUCUUUGAUUCGUUUUUGUCUGCUUGCCGCGUAGAUUGAUUUUGGGUCCUUAGAUUUUUCUUACAGUUUUGGGCGGGUUGUUGAGCUGUGUAUUUCAAGGCUCCAGCGCAGGGCUGUCGCGGUGGUUAUGUUGUCGUUGGAUUUGGAUGGAUUGAUCUAGGAUUUUCGCCAUGAAGAAAUAAGGGUUUGGUUUGGUUUGGGUUUCCAUUGAAGAUGGUAUGACGAUGAGCCCCUUCGUCACAUGAAUACGGGUGGAUGAGGUUUCAAAUGCCGUAGUGAGAUACGUGGAAUUUGUCGAGGGGGAAAAAGGAGGGAAAAGUUGGUGAUUUUGUUUGGUCUGGUACAUUUUUGGGAUUGAUUUGAUCAUGGAUCAUGUGAUCGGUGCCAAAUUUAAGCUCGGCCGGAAGAUUGGCAGCGGAUCCUUUGGUGAACUCUAUCUGGGGGUCAAUGUGCAGACAGGAGAGGAAGUCGCAAUAAAGCUGGAAUCUGUGAAGACAAAACACCCUCAGCUUCAUUAUGAGUCAAAAUUGUACAUGCUGCUUCAAGGGGGAACUGGUGUUCCGCAUCUUAAAUGGUUUGGAGUUGAAGGAGAUUACAACAUAAUGGUCAUUGACCUUCUUGGUCCGAGCUUGGAAGAUUUAUUCAACUACUGCAAUCGGAAGUUCUCUUUGAAGACAGUUUUGAUGCUUGCAGAUCAAUUAAUAAAUAGAGUUGAGUAUAUGCACUCUCGAGGUUUUCUUCACCGUGAUAUAAAGCCGGACAACUUCUUAAUGGGUUUAGGGCGGAAAGCAAAUCAGGUGUAUAUCAUUGAUUAUGGUCUAGCAAAAAAAUACAGGGAUCUCCAAACACACAAGCACAUACCAUACAGGGAAAACAAGAAUCUUACCGGAACAGCUCGCUAUGCAAGUGUGAAUACUCACCUUGGAGUUGAACAAAGUAGGAGAGAUGAUCUGGAAUCUCUGGGCUAUGUGCUCAUGUAUUUUCUUCGAGGAAGCCUGCCAUGGCAGGGCCUGAAAGCAGGUACUAAAAAGCAAAAGUACGAUAAAAUCAGUGAAAAGAAGAUGCUUACUCCCAUUGAGGUUCUUUGCAAGUCCUAUCCAUCAGAGUUCACAUCAUACUUCCAUUAUUGUCGAUCACUGCGAUUUGAGGACAAACCCGAUUAUUCAUACUUGAAGAGGCUUUUCCGUGAUCUAUUCAUUCGUGAAGGCUAUCAGUUUGACUACGUUUUUGAUUGGACUAUUCUGAAGUAUCCCCAGAUAGGAUCCAGUUCUAGAUCUCGACCAAGUGGGAAACCAUCCCCAAACGCAGGACCUUCUGCAGAGAGAAUUGAGAGGCCUUUAGUUGGGCAGGAGAUUCGGGAGAGACUUUCAGGUGCAGUUGAGGCAUUUGCUCGAAGAAAUGGACCUGUCCACGGCCUUCAUGGUGAUCAUUCGAGGCACCGAACAUCAGACGAGGUUCCCUCUUCCAAGGAUGUGCAAGUUGAUUCUGAAAAAAGCCGCACGUAUGCCCUUCGGAGUGGCAGCACCUCAAAGAGGGCUGUCCUGACCAACAGCCGUCCAAGCUCCUCUGGUGAGCCAAGUGAUGGCCGCUCAAGCCGUCUUAUCUCUGGCAGUGGCGGUGGACGCCUCUCAUCAACCGUCCAGAGGCUCCAGCCCGGGUUUGAGUCCAAGUCAUCAUCUUUCACCCGCUCGGGGGCCACUCGGGGCAGCAGCACUGAACCACUCAGGAGCUUCGAGCUCCUCUCAAUUGGCACUGGAAAAAGGAAAUAAAGAACUCCUGCCCAGCCUGGCCAGGCCUCCCAGCUUGUGCAUCUUGCAGCCGUGCUGCUGGCUGCUUUUAAAAACCUUGCAGGAUCCAGCAACAAGGCGAAAUCCUCUCCCAUCUCCCAUCUUUAUUAUGUACGUAUGCAUCUGUAAAACCCGUCACUGGGUUGAUAUUCUCAUAAGAAAACCCGAAAAAAAAAAUCAAAGAAAAAAAGAAAGCAGAAAGGAAAGUAGUUUUUUCUUGUUCAGAUGUAAUGUGAACAACCAUUAUUUUUUCUCUUUGGAAAGGAUUUCUCACCUAAUCCAAUGAUGCAUUUGGUAGACUCAUUGCAAAAGAAGAUAAUGGCACCCUUCAAACUCCUCACUUU